GAACAUGUAGUGAGAUGAAAAAAACAUUUUAGAUUAGAUAAAUUUUAGGGAUAAUACAAGAACACUUAUUUUGAUGUGAUUCGAUUGAUUCCCUUUCCAUUUAACAAACCAAACGCCCCAAAACAUUUCCCUGUGCUCAAUCGUACUCCGGCAAGUUUACCUUCUUGAAGGAUGCCUGUGAGAGUUUCGGAAAAUUCUGCACCUUCACAAAUCUCAGGUUCAUGUUCUGGGCACACCUCACCUCCACCUUGCACCCUACUUAGUGUUGGGCAGGCAUUUUCUGGAACUCAAAAUGUUUCCAGUGUACAAAAGGAUGAAGCUUGGAGAGUUAAUGUACGUAUACAAGGUUGUGACCUAGACCAUGGAUACUUAUGUGGCACAAUGGAGGCUCUUAAUGUUCCAAUGGCAGAUACACCGGUGGUUACUUUUUGGGAGGGGGAAAUUGUUGAUACCAAGAAUUAUACUUUCUUCACUGGAAAAUGGGAGGCAACGCCUGAGGAUGAUGUUAGACACUGGACAAAGUUUCCGUCCUUUGCACCCCUUCUGAGUCAAGUGGAGGCUGAUGGUGGCAAGUCACUGGACUUAAGUAACUAUCCAUACAUUUUUAUGAGAUGGAAGGAACAGUAUUUUGUAAAUGUCGGUACAGACUGUGGCUUAACAAUAGCGGGAUUCUAUUAUGUGUGCUUCUCGUGUAGUGAUGGCUCCAUCAAUGGCUUUUAUUACGAUCCUAAUAGCAGUCCUUUUCAGAAGCUUGAGCUAAAAUCUAGUAAUGAAGGAAGAUCUGGCUUCAGCUUUUCGUCAUAUGAAUUGCAAUGAGGAAUUUGUAAUCAGUAUCAUGAAAGUGAAUGUUGAUCAACCGAAAGAUAACUCCAAGUGCGAGUUUAGAAGUAGACUUGUGAAAUUAGGGGACGUUUGGUUGUAACUUGUAAGUCGAUGUUGUAAGUGCCCCUAUUUUGGUCACAUUCACGUUCACUUGUAUUAAAAUUAUGAUUAAAAAUGGCACUGAAUUGAAACCCACAUAAUUCCAGUACCGUUAGUUUACUGAAUAGAAGGGUAAUAUUCUGGUAAUAAGAAAAAUAAUGUGUUGAGAAGGAA